CUACCUAAUGUAUCAUAUUCGUGCCUCUCAAGUGCUCGAUUCCGACCGUCUCUCCUCCCGCAAGCGAAGUCAGCGCGCACCAACAACCGCCCGUACACAACCAAUUGUAGGGCAUUUUCCAUCAACUGCAAUCACUUCAACCAGCGCGAAAACCUUUCAAGCGACAUCCAUCGCCCUCCCGAAAUAUUUCACUUCCCUUUAAACACCGCAUAUCACCCGCCGCGCUUUUUUCUUGCGCCCCCAUCGUAAAGCUUCAAGCGCCGGCUACACAAUGCGUGACCAUCGUGUACAAGCGCUCAUCGCAGCGGAGCGCUGCCGCCCUACCACCUUAUCCAGUGUG